GGCGGGCGGAGCGGGGGCCAUGCCGCUACCGGCCGGGCUGCCCGGAGCGGCGGCGGCGGGGGGAGCGAUGGCGGUGGGGCCCGUGAACCUGCGGGAGUUGCUGUUGGCCGCCACGGCUGCCGCCGAGGCGGGGAGCGGCGCGGCGGCCGGCGGCGAUGAGGAGGUGUGCGUGGUGGGCAUCUUCGGGAAGACGGCGCUGCAGCUGUGCUCGGAGAAGGCGGCCUUGGUGAGCACCGUGUGCGACCGGCAGGUCUUUCCGCUUUUCGGGCAGGAGGAUCCCGAUCCGGCGGACGGAGCGGCGGGGCAGGAGGGUGAACCGUUGACCAAGGACUACAACCAGUUGCAGGCCUACUACAGCCAGGAGAGCCGGGUGCUGUACCUGGUGCUCACCUCCAUCUGCGACACGCCGCAGCUGCUGCGGGCCUGCGGGGACCUGGCGGCGGCCGAGAGCAGGGAGCCCGGGCCCGGCCACCCCUCCGGUGGCCCGGCCCCACUGCCUCAUGCCGAGGCCCACGAGUUCUGGAAACACCAGGAGAAACUGCACUGCCUGAGCCUCCUCUACCUCUUUUCCGUCUGCCACAUCCUGCUGCUGGUGCACCCCACCUGCUCUUUCGACAUCACCUACGACCGCGUCUUCAGGGCGCUGGAUGGGCUGCGGCAGAAGGUCCUGCCCUCCCUGAAGGCUGCCAUCAAAGACUGCCCGGUGGGCAAGGAGUGGAAGCUCAACUGCAGGCCGUGCCCUCCCCGCCUCCUCUUCCUCUUCCAGCUCAACGGGGCCCUGAAGGUGGAUCCCCCUCCAAGCAGGGGACAGGACCCCUGCGGUCACCUGGAGAAGCCACCCCCCAAGAAGCACUCCCCCAAGAGGAGGUUGCAGCACGCUUUGGAGGAUCAGAUCUAUCGCAUCUUCCGCAAGAGCAGGGUGUUAACCAACCAGAGCAUCAACUGCCUGUUCACCGUGCCUGCGAACCAGGCUUUCGUGUACAUUGUGGCUGGUGGGGCCCAGGACGGAGAUGAUCCGGUGGCCAUGCUUCUUGAGCAACUCAGGAGCAACUGCACCAUGAGAGAGACAGACUCGCUGCUGGCUCCCACCCUGUCAGGACCCAGGAGGUAUCAGAUGAUGCGGCAUGGCAGGCAGCAGCUGUCCUUCCACGCAGAGAGCAGCAGCAGCAGCUCCAGCUCCUCUGGACAGCUUGUGGACUGCACCCUCAAGGAGUUCUUGUGGCAGCAUGUGGAGCUGGUGCUUAGCAAGAAGGGCUUUGACGACAGCGUGGGGAGGAACCCCCAGCCCUCUCACUUCGAGCUCCCAACCUACCAGAAGUGGGUUGCUGCAGCUUUAAAACUGUAUGAAGUGACCAUCGAAGGCAAAGAUGAUGACCCAACCUCUCUCACUGGGGAACUGAGCUCAAAAAUCAUGAGCAGCAUCAAAGUCUUGGAAGGCUAUUUGGAUAUAGACACCAAGUUCUCAGAAAACCGUUGCCAGAAAGCUCUCCCCAUGGCCCACAGCGCCUACCAAUCCAACCUGCCCCACAACUACACCAUGACAGUCCAUAAGAACCAACUGGCACAGGCUUUGCGUGUGUACAGCCAGCACGCCCGCGGCCCAGCCUUUCAUAAGUACGCCAUGCAGCUUAACGAGGACUGUUACAAGUUCUGGAGCAACGGGCAUCAGCUUUGCGAAGAGCGAAGUUUAACUGACCAGCACUGCGUGCAUAAGUUUCAUCUGCUCCCAAAAGCAGGGGAAAAGCCAGAAGCAGACAGAAAUCCUCCAGUUCUGUACCACAACAGCCGGGCUCGUUCCACUGGUGCCUGUAACUGUGGAAGGAAACAAGCUCCUCGGGAUGACCCCUUUGAUAUCAAAGCAGCUAAUUACGACUUUUACCAGCUACUGGAAGAAAAAUGCUGUGGGAAGCUGGAGCACAUCAACUUUCCCAUAUUUCAGCCAAGCACACCUGAUCCGGCACCUGCUCGGGAUGAGUCAUCGCCUGCCCCUCCGGAAGGCGAGAUUGAGAAGCUUAAGGAAAAAGAACCUCAGACUCAGGGAGAAAGCACGGGCCUGAGCUUAGCCCUCAGCCUGGGCCAGUCGACAGGCAGCUUGGGCACUUACCCGCCUGAUGCCCAGGGUGGAGGGGACAAUGCAGAAAGUCAUGGGCAGAGUGGGGACUCCAAAAGUGAGAAAAGGCCAAGCCUGGUAGAUCGCCAGGCGUCCACUGUCGAGUACCUCCCCGGGAUGCUCCAUUCUAAUUGCCCCAAAGGCCUUUUGCCUAAAUUCUCCAGUUGGUCACUGGUUAAGCUGGGGCCUGCUAAGGCUUAUAACUUCCACACCGGCUUAGAUCAACAAGGCUUUAUCCCAGGAACAAACUAUUUAAUGCCUUGGGACAUCGUCAUCAGGACAAGAACUGAAGAUGACGGAGACUUAGAUACCAAUUCCUGGCCGGCACCUAACAAGGCUGUUCCUGGAAAAAGAAGUGCAGUUGUGAUGGGAAGAGGAAGACGGAGAGAUGACAUAGCUCGAGCUUUUGUAGGAUUUGAAUAUGAAGACGCACGUGGUAGGAGGUUCAUGUGUUCAGGGCCCGAUAAGGUCAUGAAAGUGAUGGGAGGGGGGCCAAAGGAAUCUGCCAUCAAAGCCCUCAAUUCUGACAUGCCGCUGUACAUCCUGUCGUCAACUCAGGGGCGAGGACUCAAGCCACAUUACGCUCAGUUCAUGAGACUCUUUGUGGUGGUUCCUGAUGCUCCACUGCAGAUCACGUUAACUCCUCAGGUUCAACCAGGGCCACCACCUUGUCCUGUAUUUUACCCUGAGAAGCAGGAAAUAACCCUUCCAGCUGAUGGGCUGUGGGUGCUUAGAUUUCCUUAUGCAUACGUGACAGAACGUGGACCCUGCUUUCCUCCCAAAGAAAGCCAACAAUUAAUGAGUUACAAAGUUCUCCGAGGAAUACUGAAAGCAGUUACACAAUAAGAAUAGUUCUGGUAGAUUGAUUUUAGUUUAAAAAUACUAUUUUCAAUCCAAAUAAUGGAUUUUGAUUCAUGUCUGUUACCCAGCAGCUAUCACUGCAAUCUAGUGAAGACCACUGCAUUUCACUGGAACACAGUCUGGUUGAGAAUAAGGUCUGAUAUCAAAGCAGAGAAAGGAAUCCAAGAUGUGUACAUUUUCUGUUUAUUACAUUUUCAUAUGUAAAAGAUAAAAGCUGGUUAUUGUAAUGUAUUGAGCUGGUAUUACUAGAUGUUUUAAUGAUAGUUCUUUUCCCCAUGUUUAGGAAUAUUUAAGAUUUAGCACUGCCUGAAAUCAAGUUUCCUUUGUCAUAUUGAGGCAAUGAUUGGCAGAUUCUUUUCCCUUUUUCUAAACAAGCUAUCUGUAUGCAAACAGUGGUUGCUUUUCAAUGUGAUGUGAGAAAUCAUUUGUCUCUGAUCUUGUCUUUAAAAAGAAAAAGGCAUUGCAGUUCUGAUAUUUAUUGACAACAUAAUCAGAAACUGUGCUUACCUAGAUCAUGUUGAAGUAUUUUACUGUAUUUGUAUUCAUAGAUCAGAUUUUGUUAAAAGGCUGACUUAAUUUCAUACUUGGAAUGACAGAUCUCUUUGGAAACGAAAACUGCUGGUCAAUUUGUGGAAAAACUAGAGCUGUAUGAGCUUGGUUCAUUGUAAGCAACUGCUGCUUAAUUGUCAGUAUGGCUGGAUUUGUGAUUAAACACACUUUUGUUUGCUAAAAGGA